AUGAGUGAGAAUUCACCCUUGAUCACUGAACAUGAACUUGACCAUCAUGGAUCUACUGACGAACAGUGCAAGAAGAAACGUUUGGCAUACUUCUCUGAUGUGCCAAAUUUCUUUUGGAUUGAAUUAUCUCUUUUAAUAAACGUUUUCCUUUCAGGAUUUGAUGGCACAGUGGCAGCAUCAACCUACUCUACUAUUGGAAAUGAGUUCAGGGCCAUUUCUUUGGCAUCAUGGAUCACGUCGUCAUACUUAAUCACCUCAACGGCAUUUCAGCCGCUCUAUGGGUCCAUCUCGGACAUCUUGGGAAGAAAAUCAUGCAUCAUUUUUGCACUCGCUGUGUUCAGUCUUGGAAGUUAUGGCUGCUUUGCUUCUGCUUCCAUGAUGUCACUUAUCAUCAUGAGGGGGUUUACUGGUAUUGGUGGUGGUGGCCUCAUGAGUCUUUCCACCAUCACAAACUCGGAUAUAAUCUUUCCCGAGAAACGGGCUUUAUUCCAGGCAGUUCAGAAUUUGCUUUAUGGUCUUGGUGCCGUUUCUGGCGCAUCUUUUGGUGGUUAUCUCACCAGUCUUCUUGGUUGGAGAUGGUGUUUCGCCAUACAGAUCGCUCCAGCCCUUUUGUCAAUGUAUGUGACUUUUGCAUUUAUUGGAAAAAGUGAAAGCCGUCAUGCUCUGGAGGGACAGUCUCUCUGGAAGAAAAUCGAUUUCGGUGGCUCGGCAACUUUAGUGUGUAGCUUGACAUCCCAACUUUUGAUUUUGUCUUUAGGGGGUAACAAGUUGGCAUGGCUCGACUGGAGGCUCAUCGGGCUUGGUAUUUUGAUGAUCGUUUCUACGCUCACUUUCCUUAAGAUCGAAGUGUCGACCUCGGCGCUUCCAAUCAUUCCAGUCCAGGAUUAUAAAACUAAGUAUGCUGUGCUCAACAUUGUACUGAGUUUUGGCGUUGGUUUAGCUGCGUACUCGUACUUGUUUACGCUUCCAUUAUUGUUUCAAAUCAAUCUUGGAGACUCUGUGACGCAGUCUGGCUUGCGUUUGACUAUUCCUUCGUUGGCCACCCCCAUUGGUGGAAUUACUACUGGUUUGUUAAUGGCCAAGUCUGCUCGCUACUUGCCCAACUUACCAGUGUGCGGAACAUUAUUAAUGGCAAUAGGAAAUUUUUCUGCUGUUUUUAUUUCAAAUAAAUUGCCCAACUGGUUAAUCAAUCUUCUUUUGGUGCCAGCCAAUUUGGGGCAGGGAAUCGCCUAUCCGAGCUCGUUGUUUCUGUUCAUUUACUUUUUUGAGUCAUCCAAGCAGGCGUCAUCAACAUCAACGGUCUAUUUGAUGAGAAACAUUGGAGGCGUUUGGGGAGUGACUUACAUUUCUUCGGUGACACAGUUCGUUCUUCGGAAACUCUUGAAGGAGGACUUGUCCCGGUUGUCUUUUUUGACUAAGAAGGAAACCAAAAAAAUCAUUGCCGAUAUUUUGGAGUCUACCGACGUCAUUAAGACUUUGGAUCCUAGGGUCCGUGAACUUGUGAUUCAGGAUUACACAUUUGCAUUGCGGGUCUCUCAAGUUGUACUGGGAACUUGCUGUUUUGUCGCUUUUGUGUGUUUCUUGGUGGGAAAACGUUUGUUCAUCAAGGGGAACAAACAGUGGAACUAA